GCCCAUAGCGGAGAACUGGUUCAGCAUCUCUGCGCAGGGUAUGGAACGAAAGUGGAUGGAAAAACGCAGUGAACAUUUAUAAUUUGAAACAUUUAAAGGUGUUGACAUUUGCAAUGAUAAAAGGAAAAUGUGACGGUGUGGAUUUUCACUUGUGCCGCUGCGUUGCACGAGCCGUUAUGUCAAGAAAAAAUGUGGAGUCUUUUUUGGUGUAGGUGUUAAUGCAGAAAAUACAAGAUGAAGAAGCAAUUCAAUCGAAUGCGACAGCUCGCUAACCAAACGGUGGGCAGGGCAGAAAAAACAGAGGUCCUAAGCGACGAUCUUUUGCAGGUGGAGAAACGUCUGGAUCUAGUCAAACAGGUGACCCACAGCACUCACAAGAAGCUUACCGCCUGCCUGCAGGGUCAACAGGGAGCAGAUGUGGAGAAGAGAUCCGUCAAGUCUCCCUCGAAGAAGCUACCACUUACCAUCCUAGCACAAUGUAUGGUGGAGGGAGCAUCAGUGUUAGGGGACGACUCCCUGCUUGGGAAGAUGCUGACGUUGUGCGGGGAGACAGAGGAGAAGCUGGCCCAGGAGCUGAUACAGUUUGAGUUCCAGAUAGAGAGAGAUGUUGUGGAGCCUCUCUAUGUGCUGGCUGAGGUGGACAUCCCUAAUAUCCAGAAACAGAGAAAGCAUCUAGCUAAGCUAGUCUUAGACAUGGACUCGGCCAGGACAAGAUUCCACCAGUCCUCCAAGUCCUCCAGUAACCCUAGCAACCUGCAGCUGGGCGGGGCCAAGGCCGAUGCUCUCCGUGAAGAAAUGGAGGAGGCGGCCAAUCGGAUGGAGAUCUGCAGGGAUCAGCUGUCUGCAGACAUGUACAAUUUUGUGGCCAAAGAAAUAGACUAUGCAAACUACUUUCAGACGCUGAUAGAGAUACAGGCAGAGUACCACAGGAAGUCUCUAGAGAUCCUCCAGAGUGUCCUCCCCCAAAUCAAAGCCCACCAGGAGGCGUGGGUGGAGAAGCCGUCCUAUGGCAAAGCUCUGGAGGAGCAUCUGAACAUCAGCGGCAGAGAGAUAGCCUUCCCCAUAGAGGCCUGCGUCACCAUGCUGCUGGAGUGCGGCAUGCAGGAAGAGGGACUGUUCAGGGUGGCUCCCUCAGCGUCCAAGCUGAAGAAGCUGAAAGCCUCGCUCGACUGCGGCGUCAUGGACGUGCAGGAGUACUCCGCUGACCCCCACGCCAUCGCAGGGGCUCUGAAGUCAUACCUCCGGGAGCUCCCAGAGCCUCUGAUGGCCAGUGAACUUUACGAGGAGUGGAUCCAGGCCUCUAAUGUUCAGGAUAUGGACAAGAGAUUACAAGCAUUGCUGGUGGCCUGUGAGAAACUACCAACUGACAAUUUAAACAACUUCAGAUAUUUGAUCAAGUUCCUGUCGAAGCUAACCGAUUACCAGGAUUCGAACAAGAUGACUCCUGGUAACAUUGCUAUCGUUCUGGGGCCCAACCUGCUGUGGACCCACUCUGAGGCGAACGUGACCGAGAUGAUGACCACCGUGUCCCUUCAGAUCGUGGGUAUCAUUGAGCCCAUUAUCCAGCAUGCUGACUGGUUCUUCCCUGGAGAGAUUGAGUUUAACCUGACGGGCAGCUACGGCAGCCCCAUCCACACCAACCACAACUCCAACUACAGCUCCAUGCCCUCGCCCGACAUGGACCAAUCGGAGCGCAAGCCGCAGCACGACCAGAGCCGACGCCCGCUCAGCGUCGCCACUGACAACAUGAUGCUGGAGUUCUACAAGAAGGACGGCAUUAGGAAGAUCCAGAGUAUGGGCGUGCGUGUGAUGGACACCAACUGGGUGUCCCGUAAGGGCUCGUCCACGCUGGUGCGGAAGACGUCGUCCACCCCUCCAGGCUUGCAGGGCCCGGGCUCGGCUGACAACCUCAUCCCUGAGCAGCCGGGAGAGCUGGCCCCCUCGCCCUCCCCCACCCCUCCGCCCGGGGACAGGGCUGGCUCAGACGACGUCUCGCCCAAUCGGCCGGACUCCUCUCAUGUCUACCCUCCCCCGGGGGAGGACCGGCCGCCCCCUCCCUACCCCACCUCCUCGUGCCACCCCGCUCCUCACCACUUCUACCCUAAACCCCCGCCCUGCGCUCGUCCUGUGGCCCCGGGUCCCGAGUCCCAGCCCCCCGGCUCCCCCCCCCCCCCCCUGCGCUGGUCCGGCUUCACCCCCCCGCUCCCGCCUCCCUCCUCCUCCUCCUCCUCCUCUUCCUCCUCGCUCGACAUCAACUCCAACCCCAAGCCCAGCUGCCUGCACUUCCCCAAGCACGGCCCGCCCGGCGACGUGUCGCAUGCCCCCCCGCCCGACCCCACCGCUUCUCCCCUCUACAUCAAAACCCCCCUGGUGCUGACGCGCCACGACCUGUCCCUUGGCAACCCCCCUAGCCUCCCCUCGUCCGCGCCCCCGCCGUGGGCGGCCUGUCCCUGUGCCCGAGAGAGAGGACCCAGACUGACUAGCACACUGAAAAGUAAAGAGCUCUCGCCUGUGAUUGGUCACAAGGCUGUGCAGGUGGCAGGCCCGACGGUGCCCCCUGUGGGUGGGCAGCAAAGCUGCAGCCAGUCGCCCCACUCCACAGAGCACAGCCCACACACGAUGCGCAAAGGCUCUAAGAAGCUGGCUCCUGUCCCGCCCAAGGUUCCCUACGGCCAAUCGUGUGGGAUGUCAGACCAGUCCACAGGUCAGCCGUCGCCGGUCAGCCUGUCCCCUACUCCUCCCAGUACCCCCUCCCCGUACGGACUGGCCUGCCCCCCGGGGCAAGCGCUAGCGUCCUCCCCCGGGCAGACCCCCCUCUGUGGGGCCCCCCACUCCCUGUCCUCCCCGCCCUCUCUGACCGGGACGCUCACCAAGUCGCGGCCCGCCCCCAAGCCCAGGCAGAGACCUAGCCUGCCCCCUCCUCAGCCGCCCGGCGCCCCCCCGGGCCUCUCUGGGGCCCCGGGACCCCAGCCCCUGGAGCAGGGCCUCCUGGACGGACUGUCCCCCGGGGAGAGCAUGUCCACAGAUAUCUUCAAUUAUGAAAUCCCCUCCUUCAAUGUCAAUCUGGACAGCCUCAUCGAUGAGUUCAGCGGGGGCCCCUGCAGGAGGUCCCUGGCAGUGGCAGACACUCCAGAGGGGGAAACUGGGCCAGAGGAGGAUGGCCAGAGCACCACCUUAUGACCUAUGACCCUCUGACAUCCCAGCUCACCUGGCUGCCACCCCUGCAGCUGCCCAUACUGUCACCCAGCGGUCUCCUCUGGGAACCACAGGCCCAUGUCCGCAGGACAUGAGGAUGCCUCAUCAAUGCCCACCUGAAGUCAGGACUCCACCCUCCCUCACAUCUGCUAAGGCUGCAAGGAAAACACAUUGUUCAAUAUAGCUAAUAGUACGUAAAUGUGACUUCAGUACAAACGCACCAAAAUGCCAUAGAGGAGGAACAGUUGCCUUUGGAGGGAAGACUGGAAAUAUAGAGGAAUAUUAUGCCAAGUUAAGUAUUUUCUUUUGCUUUGUUAUCUAUUAUGUUCUUUUGAUGCUGCGUAUUUUUUGGUGUCGUUGGUUUCCUUCUUUUUGUUCUUGUUUUAUGCCUUAUUAGGGAAUGCAAUCAAAGGACAAUACACAGAAGGUUCUCAAACUAUACGGCUGACCUGGAAGGGAAAUUCAUACAGCCUGACUGUCUUCUGGCUUAGAGAGAGUGGUCCAUUUUUACAGGGUAUCCUAGUCUUCUGCACACCGUGGAACUUGGGUCAGAUGGGGGCAUGCUUAAUGAUAUGUAUAACCCCUAGUCAUUGCACUGAAACCUCCCACAGUACAUCCACCCAGCUCUUCUGAUCAGCCUCUCUCAAACAUUCAGAGCUCACAGAUGUCAGGUUACAAACAGUAAGCAAGAGGUUCAUACAAUUUGGCUAGUCAUAGCUUGUCACUUUAUUGUUUAUUUGAACAGGGUUAAAAGGUCACGCACAUAUAUUCACCAGCACAGUAUGAGAAUGUCUUUCGAAUAGGAUGUAAUAUGUUAGUCCAUUCAUUCAUACUGUAUUGCAGCUAUCUCUUUAGACAAAGAUGCACAGCAAAUUAUGUCUUUAAGGCCAAUGAUUUAGCAAUCUGAUAAGAAAUCCCUGAAUUCAAGGUCCAGUGUGCAUCUUAAUAGAGGAGAUUGUGACUAACAUCUAUGGUCCUGCCAGAUAGACUAUUCUUCGAGAAAUGUUUGAAUCUUUCCACCAGGUUCCACACUGACCAUACUGCCUGCAGGUUCAUAAGAUUCUCUCUCCUGACCUUGUUCAAGUGCUUCAUUCUCAGAAACCUCGGACUAGCUAGUGUACAUACAAAGAUUGUACAUAUAUUUAUGUAUAUAAAUCUGAGAAGGAACGCAAAUGUAAAGGCAAAUCUUAACGAUACAUAAUAUUAAUAUAUGUGCUUAUAUUUAUCAUGUGUAGAAAAUUAUAUGAUAAAAGAUUUGAUGUUAUUUUUGUCCUUGCACACAAUUGUCAGUCUCACACUCAAGGUUUCACUGCUAUAACGGACAUUAAAUAUGCUGCAGCAAUAUGAAGGAAGAAAGGUUAUUGUACUUCAAUAAAGUUUUUCUAGUUA